CCAAAUGGAGAGAGGUCUUUUUCUCUCCUUCUAUUGAAUCUCAGAGUUGGCCGUGACGCGCGGCCCUGGGGAAGACCACAUAGAUCUCAUCAGAAUGAUACGACCAUCGAGGUUUCUUACCCGACGACUCGUGUAUGGGAAUCACUUUGCGAACGUCGCUUUUUGAGAGAAACUUACUUUCUAAGAGAUACGGUGAAUGCGGUGAAAGCGGUGGAGACCUCCGGAUCACGAAAUGUUGGGAUGGAAGGCGCAGACUUUGACUCGCCGUCUCCAACAGGAGUAUGAAGUCCUACUUCACGGGUGUGAGAUCUCCGAGAGUGAAACUCUGUUGCCUUGGGAUAUCGCUGCACGCAUUCGGGGAAAUACUAUAAAGUGGGAAACGGUAACCACCUCGCAGUCCCCGCAACAUGGCCUCGGCUGCUAAUGCGCCCUCCGAACAGGAAAACAGAGACCCCGAUCGGCCGAGGAUAACGCGGAGGAACAGGGGGGACUAUACCCGCAACACACCGCUGGAUUUGGAGUAUUUGCAGCGGCCAAGUUAUUGCGAUGCGGGCUUUGCGCUGGAACAAAUAUCAGAGGGGAAGGCAACUGGGAGGAAGGCACCUCUGUGGCUGAGAGCGAAGUUCCAGAGACUUUUAUUUAGGCUUGGCUGUUACAUACAAAAGAACUGCGGAAAAUUUUUGGUUGUGGGCCUCAUGAUUUUUGGAGCUUUUGCCGUGGGCUUAAAGGCAGCUAAUUUGGAAACGGACGUGGAGAAACUCUGGGUGGAAGUUGGUGGGCGUGUGAACCAGGAACUGAAGUACACACGACAGAAGAUAGGUGAGGAGGCCAUGUUUAACCCCCAGCUGAUGAUCCAGACGCCACGGGAGGAGGGAGCCAAUGUUCUUACAGUGGAGGCGCUCCUGCAGCACCUGGAGUCAGCUCUUCAAGCCAGCAGAGUUCAUGUUUACCUUUAUAACAGACAAUGGAAAAUUGAACACUUAUGCUACAAAUCAGGAGAAUUUGUCACAGAAACACAUUGGAUGGAUCAGUUAAUAGAAAAGCUUCACCCCUGCCUCGUUAUCACCCCUUUGGACUGUUUCUGGGAAGGAGCGAAGCUCCAUUCUGGAAUGUUUUACCUCCCAGGAAUAGACCUGCAGUGGACCAACUUUGACCCUAAGGAGUUCCUUGAGGACUUACGAAAUACAAACGUCCACGUGGAAACCUUUGAGGAUAUGUUGGAAAAGGCAGACGUUGGGCAUGGCUACAUGGAUAGACCCUGUCUGAACCCUGCUGACCCUGACUGUCCCCUCACUGCACCCAAUAAGAACUCAACUAAGCCAUUCGAUGUGGCGCGGGCCCUGAGUGGCGGCUGUCACGGUCUGUCCAGGAAGUACAUGCACUGGCAGGAGGAACUGAUUGUCGGAGGGACCACCAAGAAUGGCAGCGGACCCCUGCUCAGUGCCCAGGCCUUACAGACGAUGUUUCAGCUAAUGACUCCUAAGCAGAUGUUUGAGCACUUCAGGGGCUACGAAGAAGUUUCCCACAUAAACUGGAACGAAGAAAAGGCUGCAGCUAUACUGGAAGCCUGGCAGAGAAGAUACUCUGAGGCAGUGCUGCAGAGUGUGGCUGCCAAUUCGUCUCAGAAGGUUUUAUCUUUCACCACCACCACGCUGGAGGAUAUUCUCAAGUCUUUUUCAGACAUCAGUGUCAUCCGUGUAGCUAGUGGAUACCUGCUGAUGCUGGCUUAUGCGUGUCUUACCAUGCUGCGGUGGGACUGUGCCAAGUCGCAGGGUGCUGUGGGGCUGGCGGGUGUCCUGUUGGUGACGCUGUCUGUGGCAGCUGGUUUGGGCCUCUGCUCUCUCCUGGGCAUCUCCUUCAAUGCAGCCACCACACAGGUUCUUCCAUUCUUGGCUCUGGGAGUUGGAGUUGAUGAUGUCUUCCUUCUUGCCCAUGCCUUCAGUGAAACCGGACAGAACAAUAGGAUCCCAUUUGAGGACCGUACGGGGGAGUGCUUGAAGAGGACAGGGGCUAGCGUGGCCCUCACCUCCAUCAGUAACGUCACAGCCUUCUUCAUGGCAGCCCUCAUCCCCAUCCCAGCGCUCAGAGCCUUUUCUCUACAGGCUGCAGUGGUGGUAGUGUUUAACUUUGCCAUGGUGCUGCUUAUCUUUCCUGCCAUCCUCAGCAUGGAUCUGUAUCGACGAGAAGAUAGACGUUUUGACAUUUUUUGCUGCUUCUACAGCCCAUGUGCCAAUCGUGUGAUUCAGAUUGAGCCUCAGGCGUACUUGGAUGGGGCAGAUCCCAACCGCUACAGCCCUCCGCCAUCAUAUCGCACCCCCCCUCCUUCAUAUCACACGCCUCCCCCAAACUACAGCAGCCCCCCUCCCUCCUACAGGAGUCAUGGCUUUGCCCAGCAGACCCAAAUCACUAUGCAGUCCACAGUACAGCUCAGGACAGAAUAUGAUCCCCGGACUCAAGCGUUCUACACCACAGCUGAGCCCAGAUCCCAGAUCUCUGUGCAGCCCAUAAACCCAGCUCCGACCAGGGUCCACCCUAACAAUGAGUAUUACAGCAACAACACCACUGCCAGCAAUACCAUGAAUAGUGGUGGCAGCAGUCAUGGCAAUCUCAGCAACAACAACAGCAGUAGCAGCAGAGGUAAUGGGGAAUCUCGAGGCUCUGCUUCCUUCUCUCAUCAUUGUCCUGCGCCUCCAGCUGCUGCCCCCACUUCCAGUGCCUGCUCAGCUCCUCAGGGUGAUGCAGCCUCAUCAACUGGCCAGAGUCCAGAGAACAGCAGCUCCACACGGGAUCUGUUGUCCCAGAUUGGAGAGGCUUCUCUUGGCCUGCAAUGCCUAGAUCCUCCCUGCUCUCGCUGGACCCUGGCUUCUUUUGCUGAGAAACACUAUGCUCCAUUUCUUCUGCAGUCCACUACCAAGGUGGUUGUGAUUGUGCUUUUCCUCUGUCUGCUGGGAGUCAGCUUGUAUGGGACCACCCAGGUGAGGGAUGGCCUGGAGUUGACGGACAUUGUACCUAGAGAGACCAGCGAGUAUGACUUCCUCGGAGCCCAGUUCAAGUUCUUCUCCUUCUACAACAUGUAUGUGGUGACACAACGGGCCGAUUACGCCCAGAAUCAGCCACUGCUGCACCAGCUUCACCAGAGGUUCCACACUGUUCGCUACGUACUGAAGGACGACAACGGUCAGCUGCCCCGCAUGUGGCUUCACUACUUCAGGGACUGGCUGCAAGGACUCCAGCAGGCAUUUGACAAAGACUGGGAGGCUGGUCUCAUCACCCAAACCAGCUACAGGAAUGGCUCUGACGAUGGCGUCCUGGCAUAUAAACUUUUGGUGCAAACAGGACGUAGGGAAAGACUCAUCAGUUUUAACCAGCUGACUCGUCAAAGGCUUGUGGAUGCAGAUGGAAUCAUCAACCCUGGGGCUUUUUACAUAUACCUAACAGCUUGGGUUAGCAAUGAUCCUGUAGCAUAUGCUGCCUCGCAGGCCAACAUCCGUCCACACCCUCCUGAGUGGCUCCACGACCGCACCGACUCCAUGCCUGAGACACGCCUUAGCAUUCCUGCUGCUGAGCCCAUCGAAUACGCACAGUUCCCCUUCUACCUCAACGGGCUCCGGGAGACGCCACAGUUUGUGGAGGCCAUCGAGAGCGUGCGGGCUAUCUGCAGCAACUACAGCCGACAAGGCCUCCCCUCAUACCCCAACGGCUACCCUUUCCUGUUCUGGGAACAGUACGUUAGUCUGCGCCACUGGCUUCUGCUGUCCAUCAGUGUUGUGCUUGCUUGCACCUUUCUGGUCUGUGCCCUUUUUCUGCUCAACCCAUGGACAGCUGGCAUUAUAGUGUUGGUGCUUUCUCUCAUGACUGUGGAGCUGUUUGGCUUCAUGGGGCUGAUGGGAAUCAAGCUGAGUGCUGUCCCUGUCGUCAUUCUCAUUGCCUCUGUGGGCAUUGGAGUGGAGUUCACUGUCCAUGUGGCACUGGCAUUCCUGACAGCCAUAGGGGAUCGUCACAAGCGGGCAGUGCUGGCAUUGGAGCACAUGUUUGCUCCAGUGCUUGAUGGUGCCUUUUCCACUCUAUUAGGUGUCCUAAUGCUUGCAGGUUCUGAGUUUGACUUUAUCGUCAGGUAUUUUUUUGCAGUGUUAGCCAUUUUAACAGUUCUUGGAGUACUGAAUGGAUUGGUUCUACUCCCUGUAUUAUUGUCAUACUUUGGACCCUAUCCAGAGGUGUCACCAGCCGAUGGCCGUAGUCGGUUGCCUACUCCUUCUCCAGACGCCCCUCCUCACAUGGUCCACUUCUCGGUCCGUCCUCCCCACACCACUGCAGCCCCCACCACAUCUGGUGCAACUUCAGACUCAUCAGACUCAGAGUACAGCUCUAACACCACAGUGUCUGGAAUCAGCCAGGAGGUGCAGAAUUACAACCUGCGCUCACACAGAGGGCAAACCCGAGCAGAGGAGCAGCAAUACUACCUCCAGACCUCAAGGGGCAGAGCAGCAAGAGCAGAGGAGGACAGAAGAACAGCGUCAGGACACAAGCGCUCAACCAGACAGCCUGACCCUCCAGCCUAUACCGUGUCAUCGCCUGUGUCCUCUCAGGGUUGUGAGUCUGGGAUCCAGCAUGGGUCUUCUCAGAGAAACAGCAGCAGGGACCCCAGGAGCCAGUUGCACUGGCAAGCUGCACCCCCAGCCUGCCCGCGCAUGGACGCUUUUGAAACUGCUACUGAGGCUGGGGGCAAUCAUGGCUCACAUGGCCAUAGAGAACACUCAGCGGGCCACAGAAGCCGCUCUUCCCACAACCCACAGCCUAAUCACCACCUCCCACACCACCAUCCCAACUCCACUCCAUUUUGCCAACCCAUAACUACGGUAACAGCAUCAGCUUCAGUCACUGUUGCCGUUCACCCGGCCGCUUUGUCCAACCAGAGCCAUGCUUCAUCUUACCCAGAAUACACUGCAACAGACAGUCACUGCCCAUCCGGGCCGGAGGAACCAGAGCCUGCCUUCCACGACCCACAUGUGCCUCUGUACACCCAUACAGGGGCCAGAAGAGUCAAAGUGGAGGCCAUGGAGCUCCAAGAUUUGGAGUUUGAGGCAACUGACAGCGAUGGUGGAAGACGGGCUAGCUGAGUUCUGGAGAACAGAAGCACUAUGGCCAAAGAUGGACUCCUCUGUAUUACUAAGCAGCUGACCCAGCCCAGCAUAGCCCAACUUUGCUUUCUCUAAGCAGCGAGAAGCUUGCUAGUGUUGCCGUAAUGGUGCUCAUUGUUACUGUAAUCCAGUGGACUAUUGUCUUAGAUAUUUCUGUCUAUAUUUAAAAGAUGUAUACAUAUGUAAAUAUAAACAAAAAGUAGGUAUAAUUUUAGAAGCUGUACAACUCCUCAUCUUAACAGACUGGGGCUGCCAUUUUAUAUGGUGUCUGUGCUUUUGUGUGUGUUUGUGUAAUUGUGUGUAUGAGGGAGAUAGAUUACUUAUUACUGUUCACUUAUCUGUGAAUCUGUGCCAUUAGGAAGCUUAAUCAAGGCAAAUUACUUAUCAGCAUUCACUGUUGCUGCUUAAAAUAUUUUUUAAAAGAUAAUAUACAUUUAUAAUUCUAUGCAAAUGUUUCUUUAAGCAAAAGAAGUAAUCUGUCAAGAUGUGUGUGUGUGCAUGUGUGAAAAGGGCUGUAUAAUGUGAACCAGCCCCAUUAUUUUCUGGCCUUUUUAUCAGAUACAUCCUCAGACCAGACUAACAUUUACACUCAUUUAGAACAUGAGGGAAAUUGUUAGAGCAAUCAAAAAAAACUAUGGUAUAUGUGUGGGUAUGUAUGUGUGUGUGUGUGUGUGUGUGUGUGUGUGUGUGUGUGUGUGUGUGUGUGUGUGUGUGUGUGUGUGUGUGUGUGUGUGUUUGUGUGUGUGUGUGUGUGCGCGCGUGCGUGUGAAUGUUUAUUAUUGUAUAAAGGUACGCUUGUAAGACUAUUAUUUUUUUUUAUCACAAACCUGUGGUAGUUAUGAAACAAUUACUGUUUUAACUUGACACGCCAUGCGUGCUAUUUAAGAUGAGCUGAUAUGAAGACAUUUUAAAAACUUUUAUGUCUUUUCUCUUUUUUUUUUUGUUUUUGUUUGUUUAAUUGAUUUGUUUUUAUUGCUUAGGAACCUGUUUCUGCACUCAGCUUUGUAUCACUGUCAGUCAGGCUGGUUGUAUUUUUACUGUAGCAGGUUAUGUAUCAUUUAACUCUGGCAGGCUCAAAACAGGUUGUGUCCUGUAAACUGACAUGAGAACAUAAACCCACCUCAAAACCUCACUCUACCUUUUUACAGGGACCUUCACGUUACUGAUUCUGGAACAGGGUCAACACAGGGUGCGAACUUUGCACCUUGAGAGACUGUGUCUUGUUGAUAAGCUAAAGCUCUGACUGUAUACAUUCUGACCCGACUCUACAUUACACUUGACUGCAUUUCAUUCACAGAAAUAUCUCUCCUCAAGUAGCUCUUUCUGUCCAUCCAAUAAGCUAAAUCAUGCAGCUUGCUAAGGGCUAAACCCAAUAUGGCCUGGCAGUGUGCUUCAUGUGUCCCAUAGUCUGUGUAAUUUAUUUUUAUUUUUUAUUUUUUUGUGCUUCAGUUCUUCUCAAUCUGUUUGAGCCCCCUUUUAGUGACAGUAAAGACAACUGUUCCUAGUUUGGCUACAGCUGUCCCCACUGACCUCACCCCAUAAAAAUCCUCAACAUCAUGCCAUGACACUAAUUGGACAUCUCCCCUCAGCUGCUUAAUUGCACAAGGCCAGAGCCUCGGUGGGGGUCUGCGGUUUUUACUCCACCAGCCCCUCUCCACCAGCAGCGGCCAGUUUAAUAUUUGCAUGUGUCAAUGCCAGAAGGCUUACCUGUAACCUCCCCAGGCCCCUUUGGCCUGCCCACACAAUCCCUCCACACCAUUUUUACACUCUUGCUUCCUUUUGAGCACUUGUAGCCCUUUUCAGAGUUGUUUUUUUUUUUGUUGUUGUUGUUGUUGUUUUCCUUUUCUUGCUCACAAAAUUACAUCAGCUGCGUGCAUGGAAUAGGUUGUUCUCUUUGUUUUGUUUUGGUUUUCUCCUAUUGUCACAUUGGCAGUAGCAGAAACUCUUAGCUGGCAACUAUUUUAUUCAUUUAAAAAAAUUUUUGUUUGUUUUGUUUUUUUUCUGUUUGUUUGUUUAUUUGCGAUAUUUAUAUUUUUGUAAUAUAAAAUAUGUUGUAUUUUUGUCUUUCAUUGUUGUGAUGCCAGUGGAUAACAAAUGCAGGGAUUUUUAUGUCUGUUAAAAAAAACACUAUUACAGUUUAAUGUUUUUUACAUUAAUGGAGUCUGAUUUGUAUAAAGUGCUUACUAAUGUUAAAUAGGAAAAAAAGAGUAUAUAACAUUUUACACUACAGGUCUCAUCAUAGCUCUUAGAGGAUUUUAAAAGGAAAAAGAAAAAAAUCAGUUGUUCUUCCAGACUACCAUUUUGGUCUUGGUUGGCAUGGAUUAUGCUGUUUUCAGUUACAAAGAUAAAUGUAUGCCAUAUAAUUUAUUUAUAUGAAAAUUUAUUUUUGUAGUGUACAUAGUAGUUGUCAAGAUAUUUGACAGAAGUAUAUUUCUAAAGAGUUUAUAUGUAAUGAUAUACCAUAACAGGAAAAAAAGGCCUUAAGGUGCACACUUUCAUUGCUAACUGUCCUGUGAGACAACAUUGACACCUCCCCUUCAGUAUUAUGAUCCUAGGAGAGACACAGCUGUUUCUAUGGGUUUGUCAGAAGCUAGCCAUGAAAGUAGAAAAAUGUACUAGCUCUCUAAAUAUUAAUGUUCAAACACUGAUAGAAUUCUAACAAAUAAAGAUAUAACUUAUUUGUCUCUUUGUUCAUAACUUUAAUAAAUGGAAACAUU